CGGUAGUAAUAAAAAGCCCACGGCCCAAACAAACCAAUAUACGACGUCGUUCAUUUCAUCGUCAUAGUUUUCUUCCGAUCUGACUGUAAAUCCCAAUCAGUCACAAACCUGAGGAACUCGCCGAUCCAACAGUCUAAACUGUAAACACAUACGACGUCGUUUAGACCUUCAAUGGCUCCAGCUGUUCCGAGAUCCGGUGAUGCCAUUUUCGCAAAUGUUGAGCGCGUGAAUGCCGAGCUGUUUACGUUGACGUAUGGUGCGAUCGUGCGCCAAUUGAUUACGGAUCUGGAGGAGGUUGAGGAAGUUAAUAAGCAGCUUGAUCAAAUGGGUUACAAUAUUGGAAUUCGCUUAAUUGAUGAGUUUCUUGCCAAGUCUAAUGUCACCAGAUGUGUUGAUUUUAGAGAGACCGCUGAAGUCAUUGCCAAGGUUGGCUUUAAAAUGUUUUUAGGGGUCACUGCAUCUGUGGCUAACUGGGAUGCAGAGGGGACUUGUUGCAGCCUCAUUUUAGAGGAUAAUCCACUUGUAGACUUUGUUGAGCUUCCAGAUACCUGUCAAGGUUUAUAUUACUGCAACAUUUUAAGCGGGGUUGUCAGAGGAGCUCUAGAGAUGGUUUCAAUGAAGACUGAGAUAACUUGGAUCAGGGAUAUGCUUAGAGGAGAUGACGCGUUUGAGUUGCAAGUGAAGCUUCUUAAACAAGUUCCGGAGGAGUACCCAUACAAAGACGACGAGUGAAGUACUUAAUUGAAUCUUUAUUAAUGUAUAUACAAUAUGAUUUUUGCUAUCCUGUUUUGUUUUGUAAUAAUAGGUUCUGAGUACUCUGUUUUUGUAUGUUGUUAUGAUACAACUUAUUUUAUCCCCACCACUUGGGAGUGUUAUUGUAAUCAAGGAUUUACUAUCACAUUGGUUGAUGUUUACUUUGAAAUCA